GCUCAAGUCGUCUAUGUUUUGAAUCUUCUCUCUGCGCUCUUCGUGGAGGUGGGAGAGGAUUGGAAGUAGAGCCCCAGUGGAGAUGGUGGACGGAGAGAUGGCCGGCGAUGAGGGAGAGGGACUGCGAAAGAUGAGGCAGAAGAUCGCAGACCAAUCGAGGAGAGUGGCGGAAACGAAGGUGAAAUUGUCGAAGCAGGCGGAGCAGACGAAGGAGAUCUUAUCGAAGCAAGCUGAUAAGAUCGCCAAGCGAGCAGAGGAGCAUGAGAGAUUUAUAACGAAGGUGACGUAUUUGUUGAGUGUUCUUGGAUUUGGCGGAUUUUGUUACAUCUUGGGAGCUAGGCCACAGGAUGUUCCAUAUGUUUACUGUUUGUUUUAUGUUACUUUCGUUCCUCUUAGAUGGAUAUACUAUCGCUAUAAGAAAUGGCACUAUUAUCUCCUGGAUUUCUGCUAUUAUGCGAACACAAUCUUCUUGGUUAUGUUACUCAUGUUUCCAAAGAAUGAGAAAUUUUUUAUGGUUUGCUUUUCAUUUGCAGAAGGUCCAUUAGCUUGGGCUUUGAUUGUUUGGCGCUGUAGCCUAGUUUUCAGUUCGUUUGACAAGAUUGUCAGUGUUCUCAUACAUCUUUUACCUGGUAUAGUGUAUUUUACUAUCAGAUGGUGGAACCCAGACACCUUUGCUGCCAUGCACCCAGCGGGCACAACUGCUAGAGUUUCAUGGCCUUAUGUGGAGGAUAACAAGUCCUACCUCUGGAUUUGGCUAUUCCUUGUUCCUCUGGUUGCUUACACUCUCUGGCAACUGCUUUAUUUUCUCAUCGUCAACGUCCUCCGCCGCCAACGACUCCUGCAAGACCCCGAAGUCAUGACUUCUUACAGGGAGCUGUCCAAGAAGGCACAGAAGGCGGACAACAUCUGGUGGCGGCUGAGCGGAAUGCUCGGCGACAGCAACCGUCCGAUCAUGUAUAUCAUGCUCCAAGCCGUCUUCACCGUUGCGACGAUGGCUCUAACCGUCCCCAUCUUCCUCUCCUAUCAAAUGCACGUAAUCUUCCAGGUGUUGAAGGUCACCGCCCUCGUCUGGAACGGCGGGAACUUCCUCAUCGAUGUCAUGCCAAGACAGGUCAUUCUCAAGGAGAAGAAGAAGCAGGAAAUGAAACCCAUUCGUGAGAUUCCACCCUCAGCUGCUUCUUCAGUUCCAAACAACAAUGAGGUAACCAACUCGAACAAAAUUUCCUGAUUACUAUUUACAAAUGUAUUCUUACCUGCACCUGCAUGUUUUUUAGAAAUGGUGAAUAUUAUUUUCUACUGCAUUGAAUUAAAUUUAGUGGUUU